AGAGCCAAAGAUGUCGGCUCGGUCAUGUGAUCAACUGUGUCCAAUCACAUCACAGCUGAUCACAUAAGCGCCACCUGUCAGUGUCCAUCAGUGCCAGCUCUCAGUGCUCAUCCAUGCCACCUGCCAGUGCCCAUCAGUGCCACAUUUCAGUGCCCAUCAGUGCCACAUCAAUGCCACAUAUCAGUGCCCACCUAAGCUGCCUUUCAGUGUCACCCAUCAGUGCCAGUCAGUGCCACCUAUCAAUGCCAGUCAGUGCCACCUAUCAGUGCAAGUCAGUGCCGCCUAUCAGUGCCCAUCAGUGCUGCCUAUCAGUGCCACCUAACAGUGCCAGUCAGUGCCACCUAACAGUGCCAGUCAGUGCUGCCUAUCAGUGCCAGUCAGUGCCACCUAUCAGUGCC